CCGCAGUGCCACCCGCCAAGCCAAACAUCUCUCUCACUGCGGCCCGCGACCAAUCGCUUUGGCCUUUGGCCCCUUACGCCCGCCGCCGCCUAGGUAAUAUAAUGGCGCCCCUCGCCCCUAGGAGUGCCUGCCUUCCUGCUGGAGGCUCCUCUCUCUGCUCGAUCAUGGACUACCUGUGACCAUGUUGCUUCCUUUCUCUCACUCGCGCCGCGCGAGCGCCGUCCUCGCCUUUUUCUUCCUCUUCCUUUUCCUCUGGCACUUUGAUUACAUUCGUGAUUUCCGGUCCGAGCCGCAGCUGCCUCAGUCGCCUCCGCCAAACACUAAGCCUGCAGCCGCCCAGGCUGGCUUGCAGUCUGCAGACUUGCCCGCAGACGGCGUGACGGGACAUCCAGAGGACACUCCCGGGGCCCCGCGGCCUCCCCCGCAGUCUCCAGAGGACAAGCCACUCACCGGCGGCGCUGCCAGCCUCAUUCCAUCGUCGGGUAACCUUCAUCCAGACGGCGUGCCACCCACCCAUGACUCGGUCAAAAUCCCCAUAGAGCUGACAGGCACGGACAACGCGACGCUGGGUUUCCAAACGAUCCUCGCCGUCUCCCCCGAAAAGUCAUGGCGAUCCGAAGGCCUCAAGGCCGCAGCUGGCCGCACGAAUCUCUCGGUAGUCAUUCCACCCCAGCGCAAGCCCACGGACCUCGAAAUCAACGAUUUCGUGUCGCGCAGCCGCUCGGGCAAUCUCAACACCGGGUCGGCCAAAGCAUGGCUCGCCCAUCUCCAAGUCAUAGCCACGGCCGGGAACUUCACGACGGCGCUGAUCAUGGAAGACGACUCGGACUGGGACAUUCGGAUCCACGAGCAGGCGCGCAACAUCAGCGCCGCGUUGCGCAAGCUCACGCGCACGGCGAAUCCAGAGCCCUGGGGCGACAACUGGGACAUUCUCUGGCUGGGGCACUGCGGCGAGAAGAUGCCGUUUGAAGAGGAAAAGGAGCCGGAGCAGGACGACGCCAACUCGCACUUCCGGGAGCGAAAGAGAAAGGAGCAGAACCCGUUUGCUGACGACUACAUCACGUACUACGACGAGACGCUGCCCAAGGUGAUAGGGAGUUACGACCCGCGGAUGAGCGAUCCGAAGCACCUGCGAUGGGUGCAGCACGCGACGGGGCCGAUCUGCACGUUUGCGUACGCCGUGAACCGGGCGUCGGUGGGCAAGAUGCUGGCGAUGCAGCACGGGAACGAGCAGGCGUUCGACCUGUGGAUGCACACGCGGUGCCGGUCGCACGACCUGCGCUGCUACAGUUCCAACCCGGAGAUCUUCCACCACCAGCAGGCGGCGGGCCAGGCGAGCAGUCUGGUCAACGAGGGCAAGGUCAUCGACGAGCACCGCGGCAACCGCACCGAGAACAUCAUGUUCAGCGCGCGCUGCAACGCGGAGCGCGGCGACGACGACCUCGUGAGCUGCAUCAACUGGUCGUAGUGCGUGAGUGAGUGUCGAUAGACCUACGUGGUACAAUACUCCUGAUACGCACGUUGGUGGCGGUUGCUGGCUUUUGUUUCGUCCUUGCUUCAGGCUCCGUGCUUAUAUACCCCCCUUUUUUUUUUUUUGUAUCUUAGCCUUUGCACGCAGUUGCUCGCGCCCAAGAUGUAUACUACCUGCCCACCUACCUAGUUAAAAUUGCAAGCAUGUAUGAAGUCGAGUUGAUCCUGCCUUGUUUGAGUAGAUCGAUCUACUACAUACUACGUGACCCGGAGAUGAUCGAUUGUCGAUCCGUGACCGCUUCCCCGGUACGCUCACAGCUGAUGUGCAUACCUAUGCGGUAGGCGGUCUGACGGGUGUUUUUACAAAUUACAUUUCCUUGUAACUGCAUAUCUAGCUCUAUGCGUG